AUGGAGUCCCAGGACCAGAUCUACGUGAACCUGGAGGAGCUGGACUACCACAAACCCCCACAGGUCUGUGCACCUGCAGGAGACAAACCGCUGAAAACUGAGUCUGUGGCUGGGAGGGAAACUGAAAGCGGCGGCUCUAUUAAAGUUCUGGCGGUCUGUUUGGGCCUGCUGAGCUUCAUCCUGCUGGUCUCGGUCGUAGCUGUGGCUGUGAGCUAUAACAGAGACGUCCAUCAGCUGACCGGACACCUGGCCAAUCAGACGGCAGAAUGGAGGCAGCUUCUGAUCAGGCACCAGAACCUGACCCACGAGAGGGACUGGCUAAACGUCAGUCUGGAGGUGGCAGAAGUGAAACUGGACCGACUGAGGAAGAGCUCUGUGACGUGUCCUGACGGGUGGAGGAGGUUCGGCUGCCACUGCUACCUGCUGUCUUCAACCAGGGACACCUGGGAGUCCAGCAGACAUCAGUGUUCAGGACUCGGAGCGGACCUGGUCAUCGUCAACAGCCAGAAGGAGAUGAUGUUUCUGAACAAUCUGGGAACUCAGCUGAAGUUCUGGAUCGCUUUGAGGCAAAGCUACGCUGGAAGUCCAUGGACCUGGACUGAUGGAGCAUCACCAGGAGAAAUGUUUUGGCAGGCGGGACAGCCUCAGUCUUUAGUCCGUCCCUUCAAGACUCAGAACUGUGCGGCCUUUAACAGUUUUUCAGGCGUUCUGUGGUUCGUUCAGUCGUGGAGCAGCGAGCCGUGUUCGCAGUUCCUGCAGUGGGUUUGUGAAAAACAGGCUGAUUCUUCUGAGCUCCUGAUCUAA